AUGAUUUUAUUUGCAAAAUUAAUCAUUCUAUUGUUUUUAUAUUCCCGACUGCCGUUUACAUGUACUACACCUACCAAGAAAACUUUAACUUCCGAAAUUACCCAAGAAGCUUCAACCUCACAAAUAAAGGUAGAGGAAGUGGAUAAUGAUUUGAGAGAGCAAGCAGGCAUUGAAGAAUUUUUAGAUAGUUUAUUUAAACAUAAUAUUUUUUCUGAUGAAAACCAGGAAAAAUUGAUCAAACAAAUAGAAGAAAUUAAAAUAUUAAAUCCAACAGCAAUGGAAUAUUUGGUAAAUUAUCAGGAAUUUACCAAAAUGUGUGACUUUUUGAACAAGAAAUUGACAAAUAAAUAUCAUAAGAAUAAUAUUUUCAAAGAUUCCUCAAAAGGAGUGCCUGACGAAAUUAAAAACCCACAUAACUUAUAUCUGUCAACAGUUGAAUUGAAAAAACUUUCUUUUGAUUCAAUAUUAAAAGCUCGUGGAGUUUGUGAACAGCCAGAAAUUCGAAAGGAAUAUAAACACUAUACAGAAAUUAUUGAAUAUUUUAAAAAAUUAAAUAUUCAAUUCAAACCAGAAUUUUUGUUUGAUAAAAAGACAAAUAUUAAAAAAAGCAAAUCCCUAAAAAAUGAUCACAGAAAUUUUGAAAUAAUAAAAAAAUAUAAUCCGGCAGCUAAACAAGAGAAAGCAAUUAAAAAUCAACUAAAAUUACUUGAGGAGAAUUCAACUAAAAAUUUUAUUGAACAUAAUCUUGAGGAAUGA